AAUAUUGUUACGUGUAGUUUUGUGAACUUUUAUUUUGUUGUUUCCGAUUUUCUGAUUUUCUAUAUUUUUCUGAUUAAGUAUUCUGAUUUCCUUUUCUUUUUCUUAUACUUUAUUCUGAUUUGUUAUUUUGAAUUUUAUUCCGAGUUGAUAUUCUGGUUUUUUCUAAUACAUUAUUUUGAUUUUAUUCUGAUUUGUUAUUCUGAUUUUAUUCUGGGUUGAUAUUCUGGUUUUUUUCUGAUUCAUUAUUCUAAUUUAUUAUUCUGAAUUUUAUUCUGUUUUUAUUCCUAUUUUUAUUCUGAUUUGUUAUUCUGAUUUUUAUUCUGAUUUGAUAUUCUGGUUAUUUUCUGAUGCAUUAUUCUGAUUCUGAUUUCGUUCUGAUUUUUAAUCUGAUUUUAUUUUUCUGAUUUUUGUUAUGAGUUUUUAAUCUGACUUCUAUUCAUAUUUACAUUAUUUCACUUCAAAAAUUCAAUGAUAUUUUUUAAGCCUAAUUAUAAUUAAACUUAUUUGUAGAUAUUUAUUGUCUGAACAUAUUGUCAGAUUUAUAAAAUUUCUGUACAAAUGGCACUUUUCUAAUUAUUAUUUAAUUAAAAUAUUGAGGAAACAACACCUUUUCCUCCUUCUCUCCCAAAUAUUUUCCGUCGAUGCUCCAAAGGUUUAGAGAGGGCUUCGAAGCUAAAUUAACAUCAAUAUUUAAUACUCAACAUUUAUUUUCUAAUAAUUUUUGGAUUUUUAUCGGAUUAAUUUCAACAUUAAAUUACUGUGAUGCUUCUGUUUCUGUUGAACAAUGCUGCGAACGAGAAAAAAUACCUAAUAUUUGUGCUUCCCCGCCAAGUGAUUUUGAUGUCUAUGACGUUUUCGAUAGGCGCAACAACUGUUCUAGAUAUUUAGAUUCUGUUGCUAAAUGCCUUGCCGCUGGUCGCGAUCACUCUCCUUGUUGUUCGAGGGAGGCUAAAGAUUUGGAAGAAAAUGCCUGUUUUGGCAAGUUUUCUUUUGAAAAACUAAAAGAGCAAUGGAUCUGUAGAUUAUGUCGAGGGGAUGGCCAUUUUCACAGGGCAAGUGCCUAUCAGACUUGUAUUGCUUUAAACCUUGCAUCAAUGUUUUCGUGUUUUGAGAAAGGAUAUCAACAAAUUCCAUCACCACCAAGGAAUUUACUUAUUGGACAAGUCAGCUCUAUUGAGGCAGAAUUGAGUUGGCAAGAACCAGAACACAAUGCUAAAAUUGUUGAUCAUUAUCUGCUUUAUAUAUACGAAUUGGAAACGGGUUCAGAAAAGGCUGAUUUAUCAACAGAAUUGAGAAUAGAAACGGUGUCCAAAGAAGCUCGAAUUAAUCAAUUGGAGCCUGGAACACGUAAAUAUCUUUAUUAG